UAACCUAUAUUGUUAAAUUAUUUGACGUUUUCUGUUUAAUAAAAUGGAUAACAUUUGGUCUUCACAGUUGAAGACACCGUGGCGAGCGGCACACCGACAUCAAAUAUCUGAAAAUGACUACGAAAACGCGGAUAUACCGAACAUAUGCGAGGAGGUGCGCGGUCGGCUGGCGGGCGGCGGGCGCGGGGCGGGCGGCGUGCUGCGGCUUGGGCCCGCGACGGAGCUGCUGCACGGGGCUGCGCUGGUGCUACUGGACAAAACUCAACGUGCCUUGCAAGACACAUUCGAGUUGUCACAGAAGAUAAUGUUGAAAAAUUAUCAAAACCUUCCUGAAUGUUGGAGUUCUGACGAUCUGGAGGAAGAAUCUGAAGAAGAUGGAGAUUCAGAAGUAGAAAGAGUUCCUUUAUUUGGUAAAAGUUCCGGGAACAGAACGAACGAUUUAGAAAUGUCAAAGAGUUUGAGAAGCAACGAAGUAUUGGAGACGGCAAGUGACAGCGGCGAGGAGGCGGCAGAGGCCACAUCCAGUGACGAGUUAAGCAAUGUUAGUGACGGAAAUGAAGGCAAUGGUUCUCAAGAUUCCAGAUCGGAGGAAGAAGAUGCUAUCGAGGUAGAAGAGCGUGCGGUGCAGGACAGGCAAUGUAGCGAGCAAGAUAGCAGGCAGGGGAGGGGCCAAUGUAGUGAGCUGGGCGAGCAGGGUGAGCAGGGUAGCGGGCAGAGUAACGAGCAGGGUAGUGGACAGGGGAGGGGACAGGGUAGCGAGCAGGGCGAGGUGUUUAGCGGACAGGGGCGAGGUCAGGCUAGCGACCGGGGCAAGGUGGGUAGCGGGCAGGGGAGGGGGCGGUGCGCGCGCGGCUUCGACCCCCGGCUGAGGCUGGGCGUGAUGCUGAUCUACGAAGACUGCACUCAAAGUGUACCAAGUAAAAUAUUCGUCUCAUCGAUUAAUCCAAGAACUAAACUGUAAUUAACAUAUUACUUUGAGUCAUAAUUACAAG